GAUUUGAUGUCCAAACCCAGCUUAGAUGGUCUUGCCAACCGAUUUGAUGGAAAAAAAGGAUAUAUGACAAUGUCUCGGGUGUGUCGUUGACAAAUGUCAAGAAAGUAGUUUUUAUUACACAAACAGGAAAAGUUGCAAGUGUACGGAAUACCGUUAUUAUUAUUUUACCUCCGUAUAUUACUGAGCGGAAACCACUGCACUGCCGUCUCCCGGGGCAACCAGCCUGCAAACAGGACCCGGCUAUGAGCAGCAGCGGCUCUGCCUGUGAACACGGAAUGAUCUGAAGGUGUAACCUCUUUGAAAAAGCCUUCCUGAAGACCAGCUGCCAAAAUGGCCAGCAUCAGUGACAAAGAGGAGGCUCGGGCGGAGCUGGACUCAGUAGAAGCUGAGUUGGAGGUUCUGGAGCUGCAGAUUUCCGAGCUCCUGGAGAAGCAGGCCUCUCUAACCUCCAGGAAGAACAAGCUACUGAAAAUACUGGAGGGUUCCUGUGAGUCUCCUCAGCCCUCAGGAUCUGGAAAGGCCUCCAAACCGGCCUUCAGCAAGAAGGACCUGCAACACUAUGAGGAGUCAGAUUUCCCAUGGUCAAAAGGGGUUCAGGAGAAACUGCAGAAUGUUUUCAAGCUCUCCAAAUUCCGGCCACUUCAGCGGGCAGCCAUUAACCUCAGCAUGUCAGGGAAAGACCUCUUCUUGGUGAUGCCAACUGGUCGUGGCAAGAGUUUAUGCUACCAGCUGCCAGCCGUCUGUUCUAAGGGUUUUACACUGGUUAUUGCUCCGUUGGUGUCACUAAUGGAGGACCAACUUAUGUAUCUGAGGUCCAUUGAUGUUUCUGCUGUGACACUCAAUGCUUCUAGUUCGAAGGAACAAUCCAAAUAUGUUAUGACAGGCAUGACGGAUAAAAAUAGUCCCUUCAAACUGCUGUACGUCACCCCAGAGAAGAUCGCCAAGAGCAAACUACUGAUGUCUAAACUAGAGAAGGCCUACAAUAUGGGUCUGCUUGAGCGCAUUGCUGUGGAUGAAGUUCACUGCUGCAGUCAGUGGGGUCAUGACUUCAGACCAGACUACAAGCUUCUGGGCAUCUUAAAGCGUCAGUUCCCCAAAGUCCCACUGGUUGGACUGACUGCCACUGCGACCAGCAGUGUUUUGAAGGACUGCCAGAAGAUUCUUUGCGUUCCAGAUCCAGUGACACUUACAGCACCAUUCAACAGACCUAACCUCUACUAUGAAGUUCGAGUUAAGGAUAAUGAAGGCUCAACCAAAGAAAUAGCAGCACUGAUCAAGGAAAGAUACAAGGACCAGUCAGGGAUUGUGUACGUCUUCUCCCAGAAAGAUGCAGAGGUGGUGUCCGCAGACCUGCAGCAGAGGGGCAUCCUGGCACAGCCGUACCACGCAAACAUGGAGCCUUCAGACAAGACCUUGGUUCAUCAUCAGUGGUCUAGCAAAAAGAUCCAGGUGGUUGUGGCAACUGUGGCGUUUGGAAUGGGCAUCGACAAAGCAGACGUGCGCUUUGUAAUCCACCAUACCAUCAGCAAGUCAAUAGAGAACUAUUAUCAGGAGAGUGGGCGCGCAGGGCGGGACGACGGUCCGGCAGAUUGCAUCGUGUUCUAUGGGUUUGCAGAUAUUUUCAGGAUCAGUACCAUGGUUGUGAUGGAGAAUACUGGCCAGCAGAAGCUUCAGAAUAUGGUGGCCUAUUGCCAGAAUGUGGACAGGUGUCGCCGUGCCAUGAUGGCAGUUCACUUUGAUGAAGUUUGGGAUGAUGAGGAAUGCAACCAGAUGUGUGAUGUCUGUCGCCAUGGCAAUGACUAUGUCACCAUGGAUAUCACCAAGCAUGCGCGUGAGGUGGUGAACCUUGUGGAGCUGGCUGGGUCUCUAGAUGAGAAGAUGACGCCUCUCAAGGUGUGCGAUACCUGGAUGGGGAAAGGGAAUGCCAAACUUCGCAAAAUGAUCAAGGUCACGAUCCUGUCACGUCAGGAGGUGGAGUCCAUCAUUGUCCAUCUCUUACUGCAUGGCUACUUCAGCGAAGACUUCAGCUUCACCCCAUACACUACAUACUUCUACCUGAAGGUAGGACGCAAGGCUCCUCUGCUUAAGAAUGAAAACCACGGUGUCACGAUGAAAAUGAAGAGGACAGUGCCUACACCCAGCACAGGGAGGCAGUCAGUAGCGGCUUCAAGUGUAAAAGAUUUGGAGAGCAGUGGAGAUAAGAGUAGUGCCAAGGUAAAACCAAAAGAAGGAAAAAGACCUGCUGAGAAUUCUGGGGGAAGCCGUGUGGCCAAGAAAGUCAAGAAAGAGACUGUUCCCUAGCCCAUGAGGAAAAGAGAGCAAAAGAUGACCAAUCAGCCGCUGAGCUGCCGGAAGAAAUGGUCACUAACUCGAAUGAUGCCAACAUUGACCUGUGUGAAAAUAUCAAAUUAAUCAAAAUCAACAAGGACCAACAGAACCUGGAGAGGAAACUUGCCCAAAACCAGGACAGCAGCUCUUCACAAGCACCUGAAAAUAGCCACCCCCCUGUAAUUGAG